AUGCUGCGGAAAAGUGGUUUUCACUUUUGCCGCAAUUACCCGUACAAUACUACCUGUGAGUUCAAUGUGACCGGCAUUACAACACCGACAACAACAACAACACCCGCUCCGUCCACCACAAGUGGUCGUCCGCCUAUACCGCCGAUAGUAAACGUUAUGUUCGGCAAUGCCGUCACAUUAUUACAGUCAACGGUAUACUCACCGCUACCGAUAUCCUCGGCGCCCAGCACAUCGAUCUCAUCGGUGGGGCCAACAACCAACGAGGUGCCUGUGUCGGCCACCGCAUUUGCCAUACAGUACGACACGGGUAGUGCCGUAGGAUUUUUGAGCACCGAUACCCUAACCAUUGGGUCAGUCAAAGUAGUCAACCAGACGUUUGCCGAGACAACUCAAGAGUCGAGCACUACGUUUGUGUUCGCCCAGUUUGACGGUAUAUUAGGGCUGGCAUUUCAGCAAGAUGCCAUCGACAACGUGGUGCCACCGUUUUACAACAUGCUGGCACAGGGAUUGCUGGCCAAACCCGUGUUCUCAGUCUACCUGAAUCGUAACACUACCACCGGCGGCCAAACCACCGGGGGUGAGCUGCUAUUUGGUGGCAUAGACUCGGCCCGCUAUACAGGUAACAUUGCGUACGUACCGGUGACUCAACAAGGCUAUUGGCAAUUUACCAUGGCCUCGGUACAGGUAGGCAAUGACCAGGGUAGUACAUUUUGCCAAAAUGGUUGCCAAGCGGUGGCCGACACAGGCACCUCGUUG